UUCCGCUCUCGCUCUCCCCCACCAUCUCGAGGACAAGGCUCCCAUCCCACACCUCCCUGUACCUCUGCCAGCUCGACCCUCUACCAUGGACUAGGCCCCUAGGCGGCUAACCCUCGCCGCGCGCGUGUCCACCCGGGGAACUGGCUCAUAGGGGCAUGGAACCGCCCGCCCCCGCAGCCGAGCCUGUCGCCGCGGAGGAGCCGGUUCUUCCUGGGGCCAGAGGCGCCGCGGCGGCGGCGGCGGCGCAGCAGCAGCAGCAGCAGCCGGGGUCCUCCGGGGGGUCUGGGAGCGCCGGCCGGGAGCCGGUGCCGCUGCGCCUGCGACUCGGGAGGGCCAGGCGCCGGGCGGGGCCCGGCACGCCGACGCCCUCGUGGAAGAUGGAGGACGAGGGAGCCCGGGAGGGGCCGGGCGCUGCGACGGCGGCGGUAGCGAGGAGGAGCUCGGCGUCGGCUUCGGCGCGGCAGCUGGGCGCCAGCCUCUGGGAGAUCCACGACGUCGCGCGGGUGGGCCGCCGGACCAGGCCGCGGGGCGGGAGGGGCAUCGCCGCCGGUCGGGAGGGCGGGGGCAUCGUCGGCGGCGCGGAAUUGGAUCAGCCGCAGAGUUCAGGUGGCAUUGGUAGGCGCUUUGCAGAUCCAUCAAUGAAACACCAUAAGUUGCAUCAAGAAAGGAGCCACAGGAUACAACCCUUUUCUCCUGCAAGUUUUACCAGCUCAGUUGGGGAAUCCAAUGUAAAUAAUACUAUUAGUCCAACUCGUUCUCUGGAUAUCAUGGGUAGAUCUGUGAGGGCAGGUUAUGGCCUUCAAACAUCGACAGAACUAUUGAAGGUUCUAAAUCGAAUUUGGAGCCUGGAAGAGCAGCACACUGCUAAUUUGUCAGUGGUUAAUGGAUUGAAAUUGGAGUUACAGCAGGCUCAGACGCAUAUUCAAGAACUCAUGCAAGAGAGACGGCGGUACCGACACGAAGUUUCGUCACUAAUGAGGCAACUAUCCGAGAACAAACUUGUUAGAAAAAGCAAGGACCAUGGGAAGAUUGACACAGUUGUGCAUUCUCUGCAAGGUGAACUAGAGGAUGAGAGACGUCAAAGGAGACAUUCCGAGGACCUCCACAGGAAGUUAGGCAAGGAGUUAUCUCAAAUAAAAUCAGCAUUUCUCAAGGCAGUCAAGGACCUUGAGAAGGAGAAGAAAGGAAAUCGCCUCUUAGAAGACCUUUGUGAUCAGUUCGCAAUGGGCAUUAGAAACUAUGAAGAGGAACUCAGGGUGGUAAAGCAAAGAAAUGCCAAGAACUAUGAGCUCAACUUUGAUAAAUCAGUGCUCCAUAUUUCAGAAGCAUGGCUUGAUGAGCGAAUGCAAAUGCGGAGUAUUGCUGUCAAGGAGGACUUGGCUCAUGGAACCACAAUAACAGAGAGGCUCAGCAGUGAAAUAGAGGCUUUUAUCCUUUCCAAAAGAGCAGGUAGCUCUAAGAAUAAUGAAAAACACAUGAAUGAUAGUACUAGACUGCGUCGGCAAUCCCUAGAGUCUGUUCAUUUGAAUGGAGCCACCAGUGCUCCUCAGCUUGCUGAAGAUGACGAUGAUUCUGUUGCUAGUGAUUUGCAUUGCUUUGAAUUGAACAUGCAUGAACAUACGGGGCCUCGCAGAAGUGACACAGGCGGCAUAGACGUACCAAAGAGAAGAUCAGAGCAUCCUCAUGGUAUGGCUGCUGAAGGUUCACACAUGUCCAGUAUGCCAGUUUAUUCACAGAAAGAUAAAAUACCAGAAAUCAACUCACAAAGCAAUGCCAGGAUUACUCCCACAGAAGAGCAGAAUGGAACCACAAGCGCCCAAAUUACUCGAGGAUCUUACAAUGGGUCAUUGAAGAACAACCAGGAUGCUCAUCAUGUUGAUUGCCUGGGGCAGGAAUCUUUUGAUCAUUUCUCCCGGACAAGUCUCUUUUGUGAAGGCACUACUUCAGGGGAUUUAGGUAAUCUCGGCAGCCCAACACGGCAGCUGAAAUACCAAUCCACAUCUUUGGACCCUGAGAUAGUGGAAUGCUCACCUGAACAGCCAGUAGGUGUGAUGGAGAACACCCUGAAGGCAAAAUUACUGCAAGCAAGGCUAGAGGGGCGACAUGCCCGAAUGAAGGCAUCAUGUGGUUCCUCAACAAGCAGGAGGAAAUGAAGGCAUCAUGUGGUUCCUCAACAAGCAGGAGGAAAUGAGAGCGCUGCCAACUGGUGCAGGUUCUGGCAUUCAAGGCCCACUAGGAAGAAAUCAAAGGUGUAAUAUAGCUAACUUGUGUCUGCAAAACUUCAGUCGGUUCAGUAUCCAUGUACAUCGAUCAUGAGCUGUCUGAACAUGUGAAUCCUAGCUCCAUAUGUUAUUCAUCUUUCAUGUAAGUUAGGCUGUUAGACGCCCAGCAUGCUAUAGGCUAAUAGCUCAAGACUUUGAGAAGGAUUUUGGUUAUGGCACCUGUGUCUUGUUACCUUGCUAAUACUUUGCGUAGCAGUCUAUAUUUUGAUGUACUACACUUGAACUGCCAAAUCUGCAGGUUUCUGAAGAGUUUAUGAGCAGCUGUAUGAGUAGGCAUGGCACAUGAGUACCCUAGAACUCCCAA